GUCGGGUCUGUGCGCGUGCGCCACCUUUGACAAGUCCGCAUGCGCAGAAAGUGCGAGAGUGACUCAGUAGGAGAAGUGCAAAGACUGUGCGUGGGUUAAUGUGUGCGUCACUGAACAAAAACCACAUACACACCCACUCUCACAACAAAUACCCAAUUGAUCCCCUGUAAUGCACAUGUACAGCUGUAUUGUGUGCAUCUUGGUUGCAAAUUACUCUUAUUCUAAGAGAAAUUAAACUCUUUGGAUGGAACUGAUCGGACCCUGUGUUUUGACUGACACCCCCUGAGCAAGGCUGGAUAUCAGACCUCACCUAAUACAGUCUUUUUAGUCACACUCCAAAACAAUGGUCCUUCGAGCCGGAUCUGGCAUUUCUCAUGGACAAAGAAUUGAUCAGUAGCAACAUGCAACCAGAAGAAGCAUCUGCAAAGGUAGUAAGACCCAAACGUCAGGUUCAUCCUCCUGCCUACCUUAAAGACUAUGACCUCACGACUGUACAUCAAAGACAAGUCAGUCAGCCAGUAUCCCCUCACACAACACAGUGUACACAAGGGCAUGGAGAUGGUGCAGAAAACAUCCUCUCACUUUCUUCAAGAGUAUCGAGUCCGAUUAGUCAAGGUCCAUGGGACACCUUGGAUGAAUGGCCGGAUGCCUACGAGAGGGAACAAUCCUUUCAGAAUGUGGAUGGCACUAAACUGCAGCCGCCUAGUCCCAAUUACACCCCACUGCAGUCUAUUCCCUAUCAUCAGCCUUCUCCAUAUUACCGGCCAUGGGAAGUUCAGCAGCCCACUCCUUUACCACAGACAUCCUACACUAAAGAGGAUAGGCCUCCCAUGCAUACAUUGACUAAGUCAAGGCUCCAGCCAAUCUAUGGUCAGCAACAACAGACAGCACCCUCCCUGAGGCCACCCAAACCCUUUCCUAUUAUGACUGGAGGCUCCUCACUCAGUUUGAAUCAGGGGACUGUUUACCAAAAUCUGCCCAAACCAGCAGAAAGAAAAACUGUAGAUCCUCAGAUUGACUCUAACAUGCUAGACAUUUUGGGUAAGAUGAUGAGUGAAAUCCAAAUCAUGAAAGAUCAGAUUCAGGCUUCUACACCUGUUAGACCACAGAUAAAUCCAGCCCAGUGGCGUGAGUGCAACUACCCAAGUCCCUCUCCUUUGAAGCAUCCUGAGGAAACCAGUUCCAUUCCUUAUCAGAGAAGAGCUCAGCCACUAGCGGGUCACCAGCCAGAUAAUCCUGUCUCUCAUCAGUAUUCGAGAACAUUAUAUGAGCACCCUGGAGAUACUUUUACACAUCCUGAGAAAGUGCAUUUUCAGUCCAAGCAGACCGUUGGGCCGAAACCAGCACAGAGAGCUCUUUAUUUCUCAAACACGAAUCCUGCAGGACGGGAAACAACAUACCGUGGUCCAGUGCCAACCAUACCAGACUUUAGCACCAAAGAUCCUAGUGAGUUUACACGGUUGAAAAUAGCCCUUGAGAACCUCUUACCACCUGACGCUACAGAACUAUUCAGAUACCAAAUCCUGUUAGAUCAUCUGAGGCUGGAUGAAGCUCGCCUGGUGGCAGACUCUUACCUCAAUUCAUCAUUCCCAUACUCAGACACCAUGGCUGCCCUAAAUGAAAGGUUCGGCCAGCCACACAAGUUGGCCCUUAAGAAGAUCGCCAAAGUGAUGGAUUCCCCAGACAUAAGGCGAGGAGAUACUGAGGCAUUUGACAAUUUUGCUUUGCAGAUAAGGGCUCUUGUUGGUAUGUUGGAGACUCUUGGAGAUAAAGGUGAAGCUGAGCUUCAAUGCGGAUCACAUGUGGAGCGACUACUAAGUAAGUUGCCUGCUGAGAUGAGAUCAGGAUUCCGAAGACAGAUGUACCACCGUCCUGGGUCAGUGUAUAACCUUCGUGAGUUCUCUGAAUGGUUACAGUAUGAGGCCUGGUGCCAGAGCAGUGAAGCACAGGUCAGUUACAAAGUCCAGAGAGUGGAACAGAAAUCAGAGCGCAGACGAGAGACAAAACCAGCUGCACGUUCAGCCACUAUCCUCCUUGGAGCUGAGGACAUUGUUGUUAAGGCACCUACUGAGCCAUGUCAAGCCAAGCCAGCGAGAGUGGAGACCAAAAUUCCACCUAAAGCCUUUUGCCCAUACUGCGAUAAAGAGGACCAUUAUCUUAGUCAGUGUGCAACCUUUAAGUCCUUCAGUAAACAACAAAUGAUAGACUGGAUCCGAACAAAUCAUCGGUGCUGGCGUUGUGGGCGGACACACUGGGCAGCUCAAUGCACACUUAAGAAGCCUUGCAGUAUCUGUCGGGGUAAGCACUUGCAAAUCUUACAUGAGGUCAACACAAAGGCUGCCAAAGAAGAUUCCUGCCUUGUCAGCUCGACUGCAGAGACCCUGUACUUGGAUAGACCCACUGACUGCAGACGUGUUCUCCUGAAAGUCAUCAGAGUCUUGCUACGCUACGGAGAAAAAACACUCGACACCUAUGCUGUCAUGGAUGACGGGUCGGAGCGGACUAUACUUCUUCCUGAUGCCGCCAGUGGGCUCGGAAUACAAGGCCAAGCUGAAAGCAUAGCUUUACGGACAAUUCGCCAAGAGGUGCAGACUGUCAGUGGUGCGUCGAUUUCCUUUCACAUAUCUCCAGCAAAUCAGCCUCAGAAGAUGUUUAAGAUUACAGCUGCCUUUACUGCCAAAUGCCUUGGUUUGGCUAAUCACUCGUAUCCUAUGAGCAUCUUUAAGAAAUAUAAACACCUGAGAGAUCUCCCUCUGCACACCUUUGAAAAAGUAUGUCCUCUACUGCUCAUUGGGGCUGAUAAUACCCACCUGAUAACACCAAUAGAACCUGUCCGUCUUGGCCCACCCGGUGGUCCGGCUGCCAUUAAAACAAGGCUUGGAUGGACCCUGCAGGGACCAGUUAAGCUCCUGGAGACUCAGUUGCAGCCACAACAGUGCCUUUUCCUGUCUCUUAGUCCCGCAGAACUGGAACUCAAACGAGAUGUUGAGAAGUUAUGGCAACUUGACGUUCUGCCUUUCCGGGGUGAGAAGCAGGUCACAAGAUCCAGGGAGGAUCGGCAAGCCAUCAACCUUCUAGAGACCAAGACAACUCGUGUGGAGGUAAAUGGGAUAUUACGCUAUGCGACACCCUUGCUGCGCAGAAAAGAUUUUCCCUUUUUCCAUGCUCCGAAGGAGGCGGUGCUGCCAAGCCUCAGAAAUAUGGAGCGACGACUGAUUCAAACUCCUGAGAAAGCAGCCAUAUACAACACAGAGAUAGAGAAGUUGGAACUGAGUGGCGCAGCUUCUAGACUUCCCCCAGAAGGAGGCAAUGUAACAGGGGAGUCUUGGUAUAUACCACACCAUUUGGUCAGCCAUAAUGCAAAGGACCGUGUUGUGUUUAAUUGCUCCUUCCAAUACAAAGGCCUGAACCUGAAUGAUUCACUGUUACCUGGUCCGGUCUUGAGCCCCUCUCUCCUGGGUGUCUUACUUCGAUUUAGAGAGCAUAGUGUAGGUAUCAGUGGUGACAUCCGGGGGAUGUUUCACCAGGUCCUGCUUUUACCUGAGGACAGGCCCCUCCUGCGCUUUCUCUGGCGCGGCAUGAGACGAGACGAACCACCUGAUAUCCAUGAAUGGAGAGUACUGCCAUUCGGCACCACGUGCAGUCCGUGCUGUGCAACCUUCGCCCUUCAAAAACACAUCUCAUUGCACAGCACACCAGAUGAAGAUGUGAGACAUUCCGUGGAGAGAUGCUUCUAUGUGGAUAACUGUCUUCAGAGCUUACCAUCUGCUCAAGAAGCAAGGCAGUUACUGGACAAACUUCGUAAACUACUAGCAACUGGAGGGUUUGACAUCCGCCAGUGGGCCAGUAAUGUGCAAGAUGUCGUCAGUCACUUGCCAACAGAUGCCAAAUCUUCGGAGUUAGAACUAUGGCUUUCACAUGAUAAAGUAGAUCCACGUGAAUCCACCUUAGGAUUAAGUUGGCACUGUGAGUCAGACAACCUAGGAUUCAAGCACAGACCUGUUAACUAUGGAGCUCUGACAAUGCGGAACAUAUAUCGUGUGUUAGCAAGUCAGUAUGAUCCCCUUGGUGUCAUUCUUCCCUUUACCACUCGAGCAAAGGUGAUUGUUCAGCAAGAACAGAAAUUGGGAUGACCCACAACUCCCUGAGGACGUUCAACGAGCAUGGAAAGUAUGGGAAGCUGAGCUUCAGUAUUUACCGCUUGUAGUACUCC